AUGCUGCGUUCCCUAGUCGACGCACUAGCCGUCUCUCCCACGGCAGAAACAAAGUCAUCUGUCUGGAUUAACAAUGAUAUCCGUCCCCUGCCACCCUCGCGACGGUCCUGGGACAGAUUCUCCUACAUUUCCUUCUGGGCAAUCAAUCAAAUCUGCUUGUCGAACUUCCAAAUCGGUUCGUCUCUCGUUGCCAUCGGCCUUUCUGUCUGGCAGGCCGUCAUCGCCAUCAUUCUCGGCAAGAUUAUCGUCGCUCUGGUCGCUAUCUUCAACGGCUAUGUUGGGGCUACAUGGCACAUAGGUUUCCCAGUCUGGUCUCGUGUUGUAUGGGGUAUAUACGGAUCGUAUGUGGCUCUUAUUCAGAGGGUCUUUCUUUCAGUUCUCUGGCAGGCCACACAGGCAUGGACCGGUGGUCUUUGCGUCACAGCUGUGUUGAGUGCCAUUUUCUCGGGGUUUCAACAUCUUGAAAACACGUUUCCAGCAUCGUCCCAUCUUACGACGAAGGACUUCAUUGGCUGGGUUAUUUACAACCUCAUCACCAUCCCCAUUCUAUGGGUGCCUCCAGAAAAGGCGAACAAGCCACUCGUUGUCAUGAAUGUAAUUUCCUUCGUCACACUCCUGAGUAUAAUGAUCUGGGCUCUAUCCCAAGCACACGGUGGCGGCCCACUACUCUCUCAGGCUGCAACCCCAAUGACAUCCAGCCAGCUGGGGUGGGCGAUUGUCCAAGGCGUUACCACAGUCAUCGGUAAUAUCGCAGUCGGCCUGACCAAUCAGCCAGACUACUCUCGAUUUGCGCGAAAACCGGGCGAUCAGGUGUUUGGACAAUGGUUUUCGAUCAUUUUCCUCGGCGUACUUCUCCCCGUGUUUGGAUGUCUGACAUCCUCUGCCUCUCUCCAGAUAUACGGAGAAGCGAUAUGGAAUCCACCGAACCUAGCUCUGAAAUGGAUGGACACGGACUACAACGCCAAGUCAAGAGCAGCAGCUUUCUUCGCCGGUGUUGGCCUUGUUAUCUGCCAACUGGCGAUUAAUACAGUCGACAACUCGUUUUCUGCAGGAAUGGAUCUGAGUGGUCUCUUCCCCCGGUUCAUCAAUAUCCGGCGCGGCGCAUACAUCGGUCUGGUUAUUUCCAUCGCCCUGUGUCCCUGGGAGCUACUUGCCAGCGCCGGUACAUUCCUCAGCGUCAUGUCCGCGUAUUCGGUAUUCCUGGGUCCCAUGUGCGGCCUGAUGGUAGGCGAGUACUGGAUUAUCCGCUCACGCAAAAUCAAACUAAGCGAUUUAUACCACGCCCGCCCAGGAGGUAUAUACUACUAUUGGAAGGGAAUAAACUGGCGGGCGUUUAUUGCCUGGGUGGUAGGGUUUACGCCGCAAUUACCGGGAUUCAUUGCAUCCGUGAACACCAGUGUCGUUGUCCCCGUAGGUUGCACACGUCUGUAUUAUUUGGCGUUUCCUUUGGGGUUUACGAUUAGUUUUGUUUUGUAUAUCGCUCUGAAUAAGAUUUCGCCACCGUUGGGGCUGGGCGAGUAUGAUGAUGUUGAUUAUUAUGGUACGUUUGAUGCGCAGGAGGCAAUGGCUUUGGGAGUCGCGUUAUUGGAGGAUGUGGAUGAGCUGGAGAUUGCGGAGAAGAAUCAUCUGUCAACGACUAUUAAGGCGGAGCAUUAA